AUGCACCAGACAAUUCCAAGCCCUGAAACCUACGGUCCCGGAUCCUUCGUGGAUUGUGACUUUCUUGCAAUUCCUAAUGAUGCUCGACGCAUAUUUAAGAUUUUAGCCCAGGAUACCCCAGGCUUUACUGCGGAUCCGAACAUUUCCGACCAAGUUACCUUUGAAGGUGGUGCGGAACCGAUAGUUCCAGGACCGAUCAAGGCCCCCGCCUUUGCUGCUGCUUUGCAUGCCAUGUGCGGGAUUGUUGCCAAUGAACUGCUCGAUGAAAGAGAUGGGAAGCAGCCGGACCGUCGUGUGAUCAUUAACACAGACCAUGCUGCCUUUUGGCUAGGCACUGUCGGGUUCGUCAAAUGGAACGGGAUGAACCUUGCCGAGAUCACGAAGGCGGGAAAGCUUGGUGAACUAUACAAAACCGAUUUUGAAAAGGGGGCAUUUGCAACCCCGCUUCGCAUGCGCGCUACCGGAAACUAUGCCACGAAAACGCCCGGGGUGUGGUAUCAGCUCCACGGAUCUCUGAAUGCAGAACCGGUUCUUCGGGCAAUUGGAAUAGAUCCUGAGACACCAUGCGAGACAUCAAAAGAUGCCUAUGAUCUUAUCAGCAAACACGUCCAAAAGUUCACCGCGGAUGAGCUGGAAAUGACAAAUCUCAAGCUUGGCCUCUGUGGAAACACAUGUUAUUCUCCAGAGGGUUGGCGGGCGACUCAGAUGAGCAAGCAGCUCUCACGCCAUCCAUUGAUCAACUACAAGCUCCAGUCCCACGCCAUCCCUACACCACCUACACCCAUUCCGAACAUUUCCACCGACAAGCGUCCAUUGGCGGGCAUCAAGGUGGUCGAGCUGGUUCGAGUCAUUGCUGGGCCAGUUGUAGGGACCACUCUAGCAGCCCUUGGAGCAGACGUCAUUCGUGUGAAUUGCAGCCGCCUCCCUGAUUUCAAUUCUCUUCAACUCACAUUAAAUACGGGCGUUCGAACGAUCGACAUUGAUCUUACAAAAGAAGAAGACCUUGCGACCCUGUUAAGCCUCAUCCAUGAUGCCGACGUCUUUGUGCAAGGUUACCGCCCUGGAGUGAUCGCCAGCAAGGGAUUGAGUCUCCCUAACCUCCUCGAAAUCGCGGGUAAAAGAAAUAAGGGUAUUAUUUAUGUCGAGGAGAAUUGCUAUGGACCAGAUGGCCCAUUCUCUAGCCGACCUGGGUGGCAGCAGACUGGAGAUGCUGCCUCAGGAUGCUCCUAUGUAACCGGGCGGUCGAUGGGCUAUACAGAUGGUACAAGUGUUCUUCCUUCGCUCCCUAUUCCCGACAUGGUGACGGGGCUAAUCGGAGCCCUUGGGACUUUGAUGAGUCUUCGUGACCGUGCGCGAAAUGGUGGUUCGUACCAUGUCUUUGCCUCCCUGGCCGCCGCCGCAGCAUAUCCCUUGAGCCCCGAAAUUGGCUUGUACCCUCCCGAGGUGGUGCAAAAGGUCGACAAGAAAUUUGAAUGGGAACCUAUGGACUCAUCAAUGUUUGUCCUAGAACUUUUGCAGGUUGUUUUGAACGGCUGGAACAAAGUUUGGCCCGAUUUGUAUUCUCCUGGCUCGCAAUUCACGACGACGCUCAAAGGAGACUGGGGCACAUUCGACUUGCUUAAACCAGUGCUCAAUUUGGCAGAUGAUAAGGUUUCACCGAAAUGGUUGACAGCCCCAGUUCCACACUGUUACUAUGAUGCCAAAACCACUUCAUGGCUCUGA